AUGAGAACACCGUUUUCUCACUUCCUGCCGCUGGCCCUACCACGAGUCGAGAACGCGUGGAAAACCCUCCGAGCUGCAAAAGUCACAACUGUCAGAACCGAAAAGCCGACCGGCCUACUCGGCAAUGCCCUACAUUACGGCCGUCAAGCAUUUCGCAUACUAUUUCUAAACGGCCCAUCACCCGAUAAGGCCAGUCGCAAGGUCCAGCCCGAUGUCGCGCGAGCGGUGGAGGAGUUGAAGAAGGCCGCUGACGAGGAUGCUGAUCCGGACGCAAUGUUCCUGCUGGCGGAGAUGAACUUCCAUGGCAACUUCACCUACCCACGCGACUUCCAUGAAGCCUUCCACUGGUAUAAUGAUCUGGCGUGGCUGAACGGGAAUACCACGGCUCAGUACAUGGUCGGAUUCAUGUACGCGACGGGCGUCGGAAACGCGGUCGAACGAGACCAGGCCAAGGCGCUGAUGUACCAUGUGUUUGCAGCAGAAGGCGGCAACACACGCUCGGAGAUGACGCUGGGUUAUCGCUACCACGCAGGUAUCGGCACUCCCAAGGACUGCGAUCACGCGCUCCAUUACUACAAAAAGGUGGCGGACAAGGCAAUCGAGUACUACCGGUCUGGUCCACCAGGCGGCCACUCCAUGGGUAGAGAGUCCUAUCGUUGGGCCGAUGACGAGGGCGGUGUCUACGGCGAAGGCGCCAGCGUUUCGAGCUCUGGGCGAAAUGCGCGGGACGCGUCCCAGUCCACCGAAGCCAGUCUGGAAGAUGUGCUGGAAUUUUACGACCUCAUGUCGCGUAAGGGUGAGCUGAAGGCCACCUUUGGUCUGGGGAAGAUGAAUUAUGACGGCGCACGUGGCUUGCCUCGCAAUUUCCGUCUAGCCAUGCGGUAUUUCAAGACCGUGGCUAAGAAGUACUGGAACAAAGACGGGUCUGUCAAUCCGAACCAUCAGGCUGGCCUCGAUAAGCUGGCUGCUAAGGCGGCGGGUUAUAUUGGUCUGAUGUACCUUCGUGGAGAGGGUGUGGACCAGAGCUUCACCACUGCCCUAUCCUGGUUCAAGCGUGGCGUGGUGAACGGAGAUGCCCUGUGCCAGCACGAGAUGGGACUAAUGUAUCUCCACGGAUAUGGAGUUCCACAGGACGCAUUUAAAGCGGCGAAUUAUUUCAAAGCGGCAGCAGAGCAGGACCUUCCCGCGGCCGAGACCCGCCUGGGUGCGCUCUUCUUAGACCAAGGGGAUGUGGCCACCGCAGCGCGCUAUUUCGAGUUGGCUGCCACUUGGGGCUCGAUGGAGGCCUUCUACUACCUCGCGGAGAUGUCAAACCUUGGCAUCGGGAGGCAGCGACACUGCGGCGUGGCCGCAGCCUAUUACAAGAUCGUCGCCGAACGGGCCGAGCUUCUUCACUCGUCCUUUCAAGAGUCGAAUGCUGCUUACGAGGCCGGCGACAAGGAAGGCGCUCUCAUUCCGGCCAUGAUGGCCGCGGAGCAAGGAUACGAGCAUGCGCAGGCCAAUGUGGCACAUCUCCUUGAUGAGCAGCGGUCCCUGCUGUCGCUGAGCUCGAUCCUACCUUGGGCCCAGAAGACGCGGUCAUCAUUGCUCCACAACGCAGCGCUCGCGCUGAUCUACUGGACUCGGUCUGCGAAGCAAUCCAACAUCGACUCGUUGGUCAAGAUGGGUGACUAUUACCUGUCUGGCAACGGCAUUACUGCCGACGCAGACAAGGCCUCUACCUGCUAUCACAAUGCCGCGGAAGCCCAUCACAGCGCACAAGCUUACUGGAAUCUGGGCUGGAUGCACGAGAACGGCGUCGCUGUUGACCAGGAUUUCUACAUGGCCAAGCGUUACUACGACUUAGCGUUGGAGACGAAUCGCGAAGCCUAUCUGCCCGUGAAGCUUAGUCUGCUCAAGCUUCGCAUCCGAGGAUACUGGAAUCGCAUUACGAAUGGAGACAUCAACCCUAUCCGUGAGGACGAGAUGCCAGACCAAAGACCGCGACGAACCUUCAAGGAAUGGAUUACAACCUUCAUCGAAAACGACGCAGAGGAGUACUAUGGUGAUCUCUACGAUCAGCAAGCCGCAGAAGAUGAAGACUUCCCGGGUUCGCGUCCACUGGAGUCGGAUAGUCGUCACGAGGAUGGAUACUACGAUGACCUGGAUUUUGAUAUCGACGAGGGCAUGCUUGAGGGUUUACUGAUUGUCGGACUGGCGGCGGUUCUCAUGGUGCUUGUCUACAUGCGACAGCAGCAGCAGCGGCGCAACCAGGCCCAGAACCAGAACGACAACAACGCGAACGCGAACCAGAACGACCGAGGCGUGUUCCCUCGGCCUGAAGACCCGGAAUUUCGCCAGUGGGUUGCUGGUGGAGUGGGCCAUUGA